UCAAAUAGCUGCAUGUAAUCUGUUCUUGUACAUAAAGUACAGUCCAGUAUGAGUGAAAACAAACGGGACACAACGAGGAAGUGAAGUGUACUGAAUGACUGCACGUCGAGAUACUGUUAAAAAUUAACAAAAAGCCUCAAAACUACAGAGAAGCAGCGAGGAGAAACACUGCAAUCCCAGUCUAGGAGAGGGAGCAACCCUGACUCGAGAUGAGCUUGAGCGUUUUACUGUGCGUGCUGUUGUCCUGUGGUUUGACUUUGGGAGUCCCACAUGAAACUCAAACAUGCGUUCCUGAUGAGUGCAACCUUCUGAAGGAGCUUGGCGCCCUGACUGAAAAACAGAAAACUGUGGAAGCCAAGCUAAAGGAGAGUGAGGACAAGAUCCUUGAACUGCAAAAGAAAGCGUCUAAAAAGGUGGUUUUUAGUGCUGCAGUGGGUGGAAGUGGCGCCAUUGGACCCUUCCCCACGGACACAACUGUAAAAUACAGAACAGUAAGAACAAAUUUGGGGAGUGCUUACAAUCCGUCAACUGGCAUCUUUACCGCCCCUGUCCAGGGCAUUUACCACUUCAGCUUCUUCUAUCACGCUGGAGGAUCGCACUAUGCACACUUAGUCCUCAUUCAGAACGAUGGGAAAGUGGCCGAGGCCUACGACCACAAGACAAAUGCGGAUACCGCCGAUAACGGGGGCAACGCCGUAUUCCUGCACCUGGAGCAAGGAGACAACGUGUUCGUGCGCUUAGGUGCCAACACGCACAUUUGGGGGAAUGACCACAUCUCCACGUUCAGCGGUUUUCUUUUGUAUGAAGUCUGAGCUAGAUUUGAGUACAGAUUCUUCUUUUUUUUUGCCUCAUCACGACUGUAACUUCUGAUCGCUUUUGACCAGUCUAAAAAAUAAAUAAGAAAGAAAAACGUUGA